UCAUCGUAGUCCUCACCGUCGCUAGUAGCUCGUUGCUGCUGGCUCCAGGAUUCUUUUGUUUUGUUUUUCUUUUCCUCUAAAGUGAGACAAUGAAAACCGGAACGAGGGAUGUGGUUGCAGAUUCAUCGUGUGUUGCUGCGUGAACAAAGCAAGAACACGAACGGAAAUGGCGUAGCGGUGUAGCGCCCAGAGGCCCACACUUCUUCUAUCAUCCAAUCCACACAUAUCACGGGGAGUGGCCAUAAAGGCGGUGGUGUGCAUUGCAUCUUUUACGUUCCAUUUUGCUCAUGGUGGCAUUCUGCAGGCAUGGGGUUGCCCUAGCGGCCAGUGAUGGGCAACUGUCUAAAGGGAUGCCUCCCGAGGCACAACCAGGGAGGCUGCUCACGCCGAACGGCGAGACUCAACGCGAGCGAUAGCCAGUACGAGAUACUCAUUGAGGGUGCGACGGACCAUCACCGUCGUACGGACGAACAGGAAGACCGUGGAGCAAUACGAAGCAAAGCAACAGGAAAAUCAAAGUUUUUUCGAAAGUUCUGGAUUGGCAACCGGGAUGUCGACUACGCAAGACUGAACAAGGCAAGCAACAGCAACAAUAAUUUUACGAAGCGUCCAUCGUCCGGCAGCGGAAGGAAUGCUGGCACCGGUGCAACCGAUGGCGGUGGUAGUUCCAAACAUAAUCAACAUACAACGGCAGCAGCAGCAGCAGGGUUCGACAUACAGUUACAGUGUCUCGAUGCACACUCGUUACUGCUCGUGUCGAAGGAUGGCCCACGGAAGGCAACCAACGGUCAAGGAUGUUCCAGUGAUCUGCUGCAAACGGACCAAACCUCCAGCCCCGGUAGCUCGCUCGAUCUGGAGUGGGAGAACGAUUACGGUGGCUAUCCCCAGACCGGAUGCCAGUGGGCUUUCACUCAACAGCACCAGCAGCAGCAGCAACAUCAGGAAGAGACACUUGGAGCGACGGCCACGGCACACCUCGUCAGCUUUCCGGUGGCCAUACAAGAGUCCGUGUUCAAGAUUGAAGAGUGGUCGAUGGUAAAGAAAAGCAAAGACCGUAUCAACGCACUGCGCCGGUUGGACCACCCACCACCGCCCGCCAACCGAGGUGGAGAAGGAGGUGGAGAAGGAGGUGGUAACACCCGGGAGGAGGUGGCCGGUUCACUCGAAUGCCUACGGAGAAUGCCACCAUUAUCAGCACCGUUCGAGCGUCGCUCGACCUUUAGCCUUAACAGCGUCGAGCGUACCGAGGCGUACGGUGGGUCCUCGGACCUUUCGCACAUAUCAUCGUCGACCCCGGAUGGUUCGCUCGAGUGGGACAUCGAUCAGGAUCGGCAGCUGAAGUCGGAGCACGACGGGGAAUCGGAGAUCGACUUCGAGACCAAGGAGCUGCUGCUCGAGAUCGAACAGCUAAAGAACCGGGUUCUCAACGAAACUGGAGCUUCGCUGCGGGAUGAUCAUGCGAUGAUCAGUUGAUGAGAUGAUCCCUCUAGCCCCCCCUCCUUCAUCCUUCGCGAGGUGGAACUCGUCGUCCGAACUUUCCACUUCCCCCUUUCGCCCCCCCUCGCACGGGGGUUUGAGCCUUGUACACCUAGUGACCUAGAGAUAACCGUAUAUUUACUGUCCCUGUUAGUGCGUACGUGUGUACAUGUGCGUGUGCGUCUGUAUGUGUGUGCGUGUGUAGCGUGUGAGUGUUUCUAUGAGUGUACAGUAGUCGUGCAGCACGCAGGCAGCUGGAAGAACGUGGUAUCAGAGGUCGAGCACAUGAAAUAUUUAAGAAACCCCAUCGUUCGCCGGUGUAUCGAUAUAUAUUUAGAGUUAUGAUCACUUUUGCACCGGUCCUUAUAGACAUGUUGAUCCUCUUUCUCUAUCUCUCGUUCUACUCUUCCUUCGAGUUCCAAGAGUUUUUUUUUAGAAAAAAGGUUAACGAGAAGCAGAAAGUUGCGAGGAGUUGUGCAAUGGGAUCGAGGCUCGACUUUAGUUCGCUUGCUCGGUUUUAGCUGCUCUGGCUGUCCCGUUUUGCAAUGGCAUAGUAUGCUGCAAAACGGUACGCACUGUAUUAUUGCUUUAUAGAUUUAUAUACACAUCUAUAUAUAUACACCAAGUUAUACACGGAUCGGUAGUGGAUGGAAAUGUGUUUUUUUUCCUUUUGUAUUUUUCAUCCAUCAACUGUUAUGCGACCGAUCGAGCAUUAGAAAGGAGCGAGAGAGCGAUGGAGGGAGGUAGAGAGAGAGAGAGAGAGAGAAAAGUUAAAUCUAGCGAUAACACAAUACUAGAGUGCCCUUUGUCUUGUUUUCCAAAUAUUCUACCCCUCCCGCUCUCGACGAGAUAUGGUUACAAUUAUGGAAACGUAUUUCCUUCUAGCGGAACAAUAACUCAAUCCAGUGAAAAAAAUGCAUUUGUUGAGCGAGUCCGCAUUGUACGGAGCGCUAGCGAAACUAUUUAGCGAAUAAAUAAACGGA